AUGAGUAAAGAUGAUAUAGACCGAUUAAAUGUGUUCCCCCCGGAUGGAGGAGGGGAAAAUGAAAAUGACGAAACGGAUGAGAAUGAACUCGGCGAAAGGGAAAAUUGCGCUCCCAUUUUGGACGCGUCUUCUCCGAGGGGGAGUCACAACCAUAUGGGGGGCAAUAAUGAAAAGGAUAAUCUUCCGGGUGGAAGUGAUUCCCCUAGGGGGGAAUCUCCACUAUAUGCCUUAGGCGAGGUGGUCCAGGGGGGAAGCGGUGAAAGGGAAGAAAAGGCUGAAAAGGGUGAAAGGGAAGAAAACGCUAUAAACGCUGAAAACACCGCCAGCACCGCCAACAUGGAUGGCACCCUGAACAGUGACGAAGCCAAGCGGGGCGCCCCCCACCCAGCGGAAGGAAUGGAAAGUGCUCCCCUACACUGCAGCAUAAACACCGUUGCAACGGCCGACAGUGGGGAAAACAACACGAGGGAAAGUCCCCCAACGGGGACUCAAAAUUGCUCCAAUCCCAUUAGCUGCAUAAGCACAACGCGUAAUCAUAACACAGAUGAGCAUGUAGAAAUGGUAGAGCAGACGUUAGAGUGCGUUCCUCUCGUAGGCGAAGAGAAGGAAGCAACUUUUGCCCCCGAGACAGAUGUAGAAUCGAAGAGGGAGGAGGCGAUUUUGUUAAAACCAAAUUCUGCCAAUUCAUGCGUGGCCGUAGCUUGCAUUGAGGAGUCACCUGCAGUUGGGGAUUACUCAAGGGAGGUAGCUGCUGUGGUGGGAGAAGCUGCCAGCUGUAUAGUUGAUGGCAUCUUGAAUGAGGUCGCCAAUGACUCUGCUAGCCGAGGAGAAGAGCUGCUCUCCCUCGCACACACAGUAAGCAGCUUCCAAGCCGAACUGCUGGAAAAAAACAAAGGCACAUUUGAAGAAGUUAAAAAAAGGGGCCUCCUCAUUGUGUUGGCCAUUAAACAAUCAUUUAAGAACAAAACGGAAAAGGUCCUCUGCUCCAGGUGCAGCCCCGCAUGGGCGUCCCUGAACGGUGCCCAGGAACUUUUCCGGGUUAUAUUAAAACUGCUAGUAGAAAAAGAAACGAGCGAAUUGUACUUGGCUCAUUUUUUGGAGAAGCUGAAGAGGGACGUGGAGGGGGCCAACCGGACGGCGCAGCGCCGAUGGGCACAGCAGGUGGUUGAGCGGCUGACCGAGCGGCUGAGUGAGCGGUUGGUUGAGCGGCUAACUGCGCGGCUGACCAAGCAGGUGGCCAAACACGUAGAGAGAGAGGCGGCCCACCGAACGGCGGAGGCACAACUCCAAAUAAGCAGCCUGAGCAAAGACAGAACAACCAUCAUGGACGCCAUUAAAAAAUGGGAGGAGCACUUUCACCAAAUGAGAAGUGAACAGGAAAUCCUCCACGCAAAGGUCAAAAUCAGUGUCCAAACAAGCUUCCUCAAUUUUACAGAAUAUACAGUUCAUCUGCUCCUAAAGAUUCAUUCUGCCCUUUGCCAGAAGAGCGACAAGCUGGCAUUUCUAAUCAACCGGCUGAAGUGCAUUGGACUUGACUGGAGAGCCUCCCAGGGGGGCAAAGGGAAAGGGAAGCGGCAGAGGAGGGGGGGGGAGCCACGUGCAGAGGCCCACCACGGUGAGGGGAAAAUCCCUAGGGGGAAAAAAGGGGAAAAGCAAAAGAGGAAGAAAAGAGCUGCAGGGAGAAGCAAAACUGGCGUCAGGAGAGGAAGAAGUAACAGAAGUGAACGUAGCUGUAGGAGCGAACGCAGCAGCGGGGGCGAGGGCUGCACGUCCUCCCUUGGGGGGAGUAGCCCCCCGCGCAGUGGCAGCUCCAGCAUGUCCAAAUCGGGUAACCACCACUCACGUAGCACUUCCCCCCGUAGCACCUCCUCCUGCGGAUCCAGCGUGUGCCUUUCGAACGAGCUGUGCCUCUCCGACCUGACGCACAUGAACAGUAAGGGGCUCACGGACGGAGGGGGCAAAAAAAAGGGGCGCAAAAAAGUGAGGCAAUUGCUAAUCAGGGCAAGUGCAUCCAAGGAGGGGAAAAACAGGGCACGCUCGGUGGACAACGCGGGGAAGACCCCCCCCAACAAGGGGAGAAGGAAGCCUCGCCACAGGGAUGAGCAGUUUGAGCGGUUUGAGCGGCGCGACCGGCACGAUCAUCCGCAGCAGCGCAAGCUGUAUAGCCGGUACAGGAGGUACAAACGGCUCUACGCCGAAGAGCUGCAAAAGAACAAGACGCUGCAUUUUCUGCUGACGAACAAGGACGAAGAAAUCGCCCAAGUGAGAAGUGCGCUCAGGGAAGAGAUGCAAAGCAGGCUUUUCAUCCACGAGGAGGAGGAGAAAAGGAAGCUAAAAGAAAUAAACGAGCUGAAGGGGCUGCUACAAAAUGAAGAAGUGGCCAACAAGAAGUUAGCCAUUCGAAAUGAACAGAUGGAGGAGCAAAAUAAAAGUUUAAAAAAAAAAAACGACUUAUACGAAUGCACAGAGAAGGAAUUGAAAAACCAGCUGAGCGAACUGAACAUGGCACUUACCAAGGAGAGGAGAAAGAACAAACGGUUGGCUUCGCAAAAGGGAAAAUUGAAGAGCGCUCUUUUGAGAUAUAACCAUGGGGUGAACUUGCUUGACGGGGGGAGGUACCGUCGUGAUGGGAAGUGGUGUGUGAAUGUUUCCCCUGUGGAGUGUGUAGACGGAGAGAUGGGAAGCGAAGCGGACAGCAGCGUUGGAAGUGAAGAAGACAGCAUCGUUGGAAGUGAAGACAACAGCGAGGGUAGCGAACGUUUUUACGAGGAUGAAAUGUAUGCCCCGCUCGGCACGGUGAAAGUUGCAGAUCAGUUUACGAAGCGGCAAAGGAGAAAGCUACUGAUGCAAGGAAGAAUUAACAAAGUGCAUGGCCGACCGCGUAACAACAGGAGCGAGGACCCCUAUGGAAGGCACCACCAGCAGAAUGAAUACAAACACGUUAAGUUAAACUCCCUCUGCUUCAGCGAUAACUCCGUGGAUGUUAGGAUGCCGAGGAGCAGGCACCUCCCAAGGGGCGGCGGCACCAAAGGGGAGCCCUCCGUGCGUGAAAAGGGCAUCCGGAGGGAAGGGCAACACCAAACAGGGAGGCAAACGGGGAAGCAAACAGGGAAGCAACAUGGGGACCCCCCCCUGCACAUCGCCGAACAAAUCCGGAGAGACCUCAAAAAUUUCGACGAAACGAAAUACAAGAAAGUUAUAAGUGACAUUACCAAAGAGGAGAAAGUAAUAGAAAAAAUAAAAGAAGACGAUUUGUACUCUAUAUUUAUGCAAAACUGGGAGGAAUCUCACAUGGGGGUAGAGGAGGGGGCAAAUAAUGGGCCCCUCUCCUGGUCGGGGUCCUUCAUGCACCAUCUGAAUAGGAGCAUUCUUUGUGCCAAUCAAGGCGAGGGAAUUCCCCCAGGGGGGAAUUAUGAGCAGCUGGAAAGGGGGGUAAAUAAUGAGGCAAAACGGGGAGAUUUCACAGAAGGUAGUUACGCCAACGCUGUGGAUAAUUGCCAGGAUGACCUCACAUACGGGGUGAACCCCCUUCGGGAGAACCCCGUGGGGAUGGCCACUCAAAGGGAAGCAACCCUAAUGGGACAUCCUGGGGGGCACAAAAACGUCACCUUAAGUUAUGACCCCAAGUGUGCAGGCGGAAUGGAUGCAUUCCCCGUGGAAGAGACGCAAAUGGCUAGCGGGGCAGAUCUGCCAAGGGGGGAGCCGCAGCAGCAGCAACAGCCACAUGAGGAGGAAAGAAACAACGGGGUGGUCACCUCAAAUGGGAUGAAUAACCCUGUUGGGAAAGGCCUUGGCGGUGCGAUCGGUGGGGCGUCUACUUUGGACGCCCAACACGGGAACGGUGGCAGUGAGCGGCACGGAACAAAUCACACCGAAGGAGGAGAAGCAAACCAACUCACCACUACCCCCCAGGGAGAGACCACCAACGAGGGGAUCUUAAAAAACUACGAAACGUACAAAAAAAACAAAGACAAAUUUAUUCACCUGACUUUACGCAAGCAGGUGAUUCACGUGGGGAACGAACGUACACCCGCGGGAGGAGGAGGAAGAGGGGGGAAAAAAAACACCUCCCUAGCAAAUGUAAUAAACAAGGAGAUCUCCAAAAGGGAGAGUAAAAACGGUUUCCCUGCCUACGCCGAGGAAGAGGAAGCAUUCGAAAUGGAGAGGAAUUAUGCCCCUUUCCAAAGCGCACAGGGUGGUAAUACCCUCGAUAAGGAUAGGGACCUGCGAGAGAGCAUCAUGAUGCGUUAUACAUACGGGAGUGAUACCCAUAGGGGUGUAACCCUACAGAGCAAUAUGCACGAGGGGACUCACCUUGAACGGAUUUUAUAUGACCAAACGGAUGCGCACUUCUUUCAACCGUCUGAGAAAAGGGAGGGCAGCGUGGUAGGUGAGGCUGCUGGACAGGAUGGCGAACGGGGGGCGCAUGAGCCAAAUGGAGAGGGCGAAAGAGUGGACCCCAUCCGAAUAGCACGUAACCCACACAGGGAUGAAUUGGGCCUACACAAUGUAAGCAGCAAUGUGGUGAGCACAAGCCGCACAAGUUACCCGCCCGUUGGUGGGGGAAUUUCUCGAGAGAAAAACCUCCCCCCCAAUGGUGAUGACAUCACAGCCCCGCCUUGUGAAGGACCAAAUGGGGAGAGCCACCGGGGGAACAACGCUGCGCACUCCCCGCAUUCCUUGAGCAUGUUGAUGGGCGCCACUCGGAAGGACAAAACUGGGUGUAGACUGAUCACCCCGGAUGCACCCAACAAGGGGACUCCCUCUUAUGCGGCCACCCAUUUGGUGAAGAUCGACAGCAACGCGGCGGAGUUGUGUCCCCCCCCUUCUCUCGAGGAGCACAACAGACCACAUACCGCUGCUGCGAAGUUGAAUGAACGGAAUGGAAGUGGCUCGCCGAUGGGCAUCCCUCCAAUCGAGGAGAAUUCACGUGGCGCGGUAAACGAAACAUUAAAUUACAGCCACCAGAAAGGGGGCCACCCUUGGGAUAAUAAAAUCAGCGCGGGUGGUUACGACCCCAAGGGUGAAGCCCUCAAUGCAGCAUUGGGGCCGCACCAAACAGGCGCAGCUGCGUCUGCAGCUGUGUCUGCGGCUGUGUCUGCGGCUGUGUCUGCAGCUGUGUCUGCAGCUUUGCCCGCAGCUUUGCCGAAAAGGGACUCCUGCGAAGGCGCGUCACCGAGGAAGAGUGUCGGGGAUAGGGGCGUCCUAAGUAGGCUGCUCAGGAAGAAGUAG